CAGCAUAGACAUACAUGAGUAGCCUAUUCAUUAUUCAUGUCAUUGCAGUUGCCCUGUUAUGAUACAGUCCUGUUUGGAGUGGGCUACCUGAUUUGCUCAGCGCGCCCGUCAAAGCAGUGCGUGGCCCUGCGUCGGCUGGCUGUGCGCGCUCAUAGGUCGGACAGAGAAGAAUCGGAGGGGGAGCAAGAGGAGAGCGCGCCUACGAGACUGCGCGCCGCAAGGAGGGGGAGAGGUCCAGCUGCAAAAAAAAAAAAAAAGGAAGAAAAAAUACGCCGUGACAAUGGCAACAUCAAGCAUCUCGUGAAAGGUAGAUAACAGGCGAGGGGGUGCCGCGAAUCGGGAGUUUGAGAGGCGACGGCCCCUGUUUGUCCCGAGAAAAGCGGCGAUAUUAGGACAUGCUGGCUGCCCUAUAGCGCGUUUCCUGGAAUACGAAUUCUUCCGUAAUUGAAAAUGGAGCGGCGGGGGAGAGGAGAGUCGCGCUGUCUCCAUCAUUGAGAGGCGCGUCCACCUGCUAUUACUGGAGGCCCGGGCUGCUGCUGCUGCUGCUGCUACUGCUGGUGGUGGUGGUGGUGGCGGGGAGGGUGGGGGGUGGACAUGCAGGGGAAGUGUUUGCAUUUCGGGGGAAAGACGCAUCUCUGAUACUGUCCAAAGCGGCGGAGAAGGAUCCCAUUGCGACGGGGGAAAAAAAACGCAGUUUGGGCGCAUACGCUCUGGAGGUGCGACAGUCAAAAUGAUGCGUAGGAGGUGAAACGUUGAACUGUAUUGAUGGAUGUGUUAACAGACAGCAGUCUCACAUUGAUCGUGAAGACUUCAGAACCAGAGAAUGCAAAUUCAUUGGAGGGCACAGGGGUAUGUGAGCAGAGUGGUGAUCUGAGUCUGUGCGGGCUGGUCGAUGCUGCUCUCCCUCCAUCCUCACCUCCACCUGCCGUACAGACUUCCCAGCCGGCCUGCCCAACACAGCAGAGCACCACGCCUACAUCACCGACCCUCCCCCUGCCCCUUGGCACAGACUCCUCUCUGAGCCUGACAGCGGCCCCCUGCCCUCCCUCCAAUGACGCUCCAACUGUAGUCCCCCACCUUCACCACACUCCCCCUCCCACAUCACUUCCCACCCCAGCUGUAAGCAACUGGGGUCCAACAGGAGCCCCCCAGAAGACUUCCCUUCUGCUGCCUGUUUCCCUCCCUCUGUCAGCUACAAUGAUGGAGCCUGGCACUGUGUCUGCCCUGGCAGAGGAGUGUCUUCUUCAGCCUACCCGCACCUGCCUUGGCUGCUUCAUUGAGACCCGUGAUGCUACUGACCCUAAUUCCAUCCAGAACCCACCCCAUGACCCUAACACCAACCCUGACACAGAGACUGGGCUAAGUGUAAGGAUAGGGGAUGUGAGCCGAGAGGACUUCUCUGACAUCAACAACAUCAGUAUCCAGUGCCUGAGCCAUGCGGGGGAGGCAGUGAGUCACUAUGGAGAACAGCUCCUCUCUGACCAGCUACUUAGCUUUCCUCUGCCGAAAGCCCCAGGUGAGGGCAAGAGAGUGGAUGGAAACAAAACAACAGAGGACUGUGAUGACCCAGAGGAUGAUGCAACAGCUAAGAAUUUGUAUGAGGGACUGUUACUGGACAAAGUGAGCGGAGAGGAGGUUCUGCUGGCUAAUGCUGGCCAGGACUGGGGCUACUUUGAAUCCUUCAUCAGUGAGAGUAAGAUGGAACUGCUGGACCUUUGUUCUAAGAAUGAGCUGUCAGUCAACCUCUUCUCUGAGGAAGAUGUUGACAAUCUAUUUGAUGAUGAAGACGAUGAUUCAACUUUAAGUAGUGAUGUCUGUUCGCUGAAGAUUCGUUAUGAGUCUUUCCAGGACAAUAUGAGGGAGAAAACAAAUGUGCUCCAGGAGGAGACACAGUUCAACUUCUUCCCUAGUGUCCUGGCCAACUGUGCCAAGAAAGAGGAAGGGACGGGAGUUUUGAGAAGGAGUGCUGAGGAGCUCCAGCCCAAAACUGAUGAGCUCAUCCUGGUGACAGGACAGGAAGGAAAGGCUGGGGACUGCAGUGGCAGGAGUCCCCUUGAUGGUUCCCAAGGCUCACCCAUGUCCACUCCCAAAGUGAACUACUUAAUGGACUUUAAUUCCACAGAGGAGUCAGGAGAGUUUAGUGAUGACAGCUCCUGCACCGGUUCCUCCUCAGAUACCCUGCAGGAGGGCAAGUUUAAGAAGGGCCACUCAAAGAGAUUGCUCAGCCCCUCUAACCCUCUCAACUAUGGUUUGCGCUCCAAGAGAAAGGUACGAUACAGUGAUGAUUACUUAUAUGAUGUUGACUCGCUUGAGAGUGAGAAGAAUGCAGAGAAAAAAGAGAAAGCUCCCUCUGGUCAAAAAGAGGAGGAGGAUGUAGACUGGUGCCCCAAAAAACGUCGGAAAUCCUGUCGUAAAGAGCCACCAGUAGUCAUCAAGUACAUUAUCAUCAACAGGUUUAAAGGAGAGAGACUCAUGUCAGUGAAACUGGGCAAGUUGGACCCUGUGGAUGCUACUGUGAGCUUAAACACCGAAACAGUAAGCAAAUAUGAGACACUGGCUCCUCUGAAGGAUUUCUGGCAGGAGAGGCAAAGAGAGAGACAGGAACAGCUUAAGCUGGCUGCCAGAGAUAAACAACAACGCGGUUUUCAUCUAAACGGACGCCAUCAUCGCCCUUUUAAUUCUAGUCAUCCCAAAAGGAAAUACAAGAUUGCCAACAGGCUUAAGGUUCAGAGGAUUCACACUGUGGAGCAAUCAGCAACAGCACAGGGCUCCCCUCUUUCUGAUCAGGGCCAGAGAGGUGUCACUAAAGAAGAGGCCACCCCUACGGUAGGGGGAAUAAUAGCAGCCCCAGGCCUCCCAGUCACAUUAGACACAAACUCCAUCACGCACACAGUCACAGCCAAGAGCCGCUCCCAGGAGAGGGAGGAGAGGGAGGGGAGGAGAUUGGGAGGAAAUAAAACAGUCAGGAUAAGGAAAUUCAAAAGCGAAGCCAGGCUGCGGAGCAAGAAAAUGAAAGCGGCUGAAGGAGAGGAGGGGAGGAGCGUGACAAAUGAAACGGAUGCCUGUGUCGCUGCGGCACAGAUUGAGGACCCAACUGCUGGGUUAGAAGAGGCAGGCAUUAGCUCAACUACAGUCAAACCCCAUUUCUCAGACAAUACCACCACCGCUCACACAUCUGAGGAGAAAUUCCCCUUUGUUUCGUCCACCUGUUCUCCCGGCAAAACCUCCUCCUCAGAGGAGGUGGAGGCGGGGGUUCCUGUAAUCCCGGGGGGCUACCUGCAGACCCUGUUAGAUGCUACUGACUCCUCGGGUGGUGCAGCGAUCUCUUAUUUCCCCCAGCAGCCCUCUAGGCAGCAGUAUCCUCUGGGGCUAUCCCUAGAGGAGAAACAGUUUUCUUCUCUGCAGCUCGCUCAGAGCUGUGUCCUAUCUCCUCCCUCCGAAUCAGAGCUUCAGCAGUCUCCACAGAACUGUCCCAACUUCCCCCCAAUGUGGCACCCGCAGCUCUGUGCAAGUCACAGCCAGAGCUUUGGGCCUGAGACCCCUGAGACUCCCAUCUUACCCAACAACUUCCCAGCUGCUGUGCCCCUGAAUGACAGCCUGCCAGUGUCUAACUACAGCCAGCUGAGCCCUGAGGCUGACAGGCUGCUGUAUGAGAAGAGCUACCUGACUGAGUCUGGGUUGCAGCCUGGGGCAGAUCUGCAAGUGUGUCAGUCUGCCUGUGUGGAGGGCCAGGUGCAAUACCAGAGAGGGUCCCUGUGCACGGACAAUGGCAGGCUCAUCAGCUAUGACUCAGUGGGCUCUCUGUCAGCCUCCUCAAGCAAUUACAGCUCCCUCAGCCUCAAGUCGUGUGAGCGAGAGGGUGAGGAGGAGGGCCGAGACAGCUUCUUAGCUCAUUGCAGUCCUAAAGUGGUGAUUCAGCAGAGUGUGGAUGCCCUUACCCCACUUAGGGAGUCCUCAGACCUGCUGGACAUCUCCAACUUCACCCCUGACAAGUUUAGACACUCAUCACUGUCAGAGCUUUCCCCUCCUGAGACCCCUAACCUGUCCCCCCAGGUGGUGGGGCGUGAGAUGAAGAUGGCAGGGAAUGUUGGAGAAUACCAGGAUGUGAAUGAUAUGACUAUGGACUGCAAUAGGGAGGUAAAGUGGAACUGUGACGUUAUGCAGCAACAAGAGCACACAGCAAAUGCAUACACAGUGGAAGACAGUCAGUUUCCGCUGCACAACUUUAACAGUCAGGAUGUGUUAUGUUUAGAUAAAAAGGAAUUUGAUGAACAGACUGGUGAGAUGUUGGCUGCUGCGAAAAGCAAUAAGUCAAAGAGGAAAGGCAAUUGCAAACAGACUGCUGCAGGACAGAGCCCAAAGAAAGUCCGGGCUCCCAGAGCUCCAAAGUCAGAAAAGGUCAAGACCCCCAAGCAAAACUCACGAUCCACCAAAAAGAUUAAGGCCAUGUUAGAGGGUAAAGCAGCAAAGAACCAGCCAGGUGGUUGUGGUUCAGGCCUGACUGACAGUAGCAGCACUGGGGACUGGUCUGGCACCGGUUGGUCAGAGAGCAACAGUCUGGUUGGGGACGACCAGAGAGAAUUCGAGGAGCCCUCAAAUAUUCUGUCUAACAUUGUCUCCGGCAUGGCUGAGGUUCAAAGGUUCAUGAUGGCCUCCAUUGAGCCACUGUGGAAUCCCAUGUCUGAGGCCUGCAUGCCCUCUGAGGCAAAUAGCCUCAACCUAAAGACCCUCAAAAUCUUGGCAGGCACAGAGGCUGACCUGAAGAAAAAAGGAGCUGUGCUAACAGGGGCUGGGAGAGGCAGAAAGGCAGGGGGAAAAGGAGGAAAAAACCAGGCCAAAUUCAACCCCUCGCAUCCCUUAUUCCCUCAACUAGCCCUGGGCUGUAACAUGUUUGAUAAACCCAACUUUAUUAACCCUGGGCCUGCACACAAAAAGCUGUACCGCCACAAGACCAGUGCAAAGUUCCCUCGGAUUGAGACACUGAAGGGGAAGCGAGCUGAGAGAGACCCAAAUAAGGACAUAGCACUGAUGACCUCUUUUGAGAAACUGAGGUAAUAUUUUGUUAUCAGCUGCUGUUGCACCCCCUUCUCACUUUCCUCCUCUACCUGCUCAGCCCUCCCUCCCAAGCAUACCUACACUGACGCUAUGCCAGAGCUGCAUGAGUACUACGUUCCCCCUGACUACUCCCACUUCCUUUUAACCUCCACCCGCUCCCCACCCCCGAAGAGGAAAUUAAUAUCUGCAUGAAAAACUUCUUGUACUUUGCAAACUACCUAUUGAGUGAUUGUGUCAAGCUUGAUUGAGAUUUGAAACGACCAUGGCUGCAUUUUUCUUGCUUUUGUUGUUUCUGCUUUGUUUGUUCUUCUUAUAGUCGUUUUUGUUUUAUUUUUGUCUGAAAAAAAGAAUAAGCCUUGAAAACAGUUCUGUCGCCUUUUUGAGGAACUUGUUUUUGUAUUUUCUCAGCAGAACUUGCUCCCCUGAAUUAUGUAUUUAUUCCCCUUUUCACUAAAGAUGUAGCUAUAUACACAAAUGCAUUGAGUGACAUCUACGCACCCCUCCUCCUCAUCUGUUUUUGUAUGCAGAAUAUGGAUGUCCUGUUGUUGCUGUCCUUCAUACACUGCCUGGCUCAUUUCAAGAGGGAAACCUACAAUUAAUGAGCCCUAUUUAAGCCCAAGACAUCUUGAAAACACAAGAUGGGACCAUUUUGUAUUGAUGACAUAUCAGACGUUGUCUUUUUCCCCCCUCAAAGUUGGAAUGACUCCCCAUUUCCUUUUAUCAAGCAUUUCUUUUUCCUCUGAAGUUUAGAGGAACUGGUUAUCUGAAUUUACAUUUUUACGCCUUGCAAAUUCAUAAAAGCUCCACCCUCAGAGUAUUUUUGUCAAUGUUGUUGUACAGGGACAUGCAAUAUUUGCAAAAAAAUAUGAUUAUAAUCUUAAAAUCAAUGUGCCAAAAGUAACAAUGCUGUGUAAAUGACCUCUUAUAUAUGUGUGAAUAUUGGCUGUUCCUCUUUUCUAUCCAUUGGAGUAUUGGCUGCUCGGGUUGGAGACUCCUUACUGAGACUUGCCACUACAGGAAUUCUUCAUUUGGGACUUUUCUCUAUUCUCUGAUGAAAGGCACCAACAGCUGGCAGUGGUACACCACCACUCACUAAACCAAAUCAGAAAGACUCUGAAUUCUCCUUGUUUCCCCCAUUUUGUUUGCCAAAUUCAAUUUACCUCAACAUCGCCUGGCACUGAGAAGUAACAAAAGAGAGGCAAAGGGGAGAACUUCUCUUAAGGCUACUGUAGAGGAAGAGGAUGAAAAAAAGAGAGCUUUCUCUGGCCCAAGGAUAGUGUAGUGCAGAUGUUUGAGGGUAAGCAAGGAAAUAUUUGUCAGCUGGGGCUGUGCCUCACUGAAUAGCUGUUUUGUACUGGAAAUUCAAGGCAGUUUAUUACUCAUAGAGAUUCUGAUGCACACAUCAAUCGUGAAUGAACAUUACAAUUUUGCAGUUAGAUUUAAUGUGAAUGUGAAAGCAGUUUUCAGUACAAAUGGAAUCAGUAAUCUUGUAAAUGAAGGAAAGCAUGUCUUUGCAUAAGCUCCACGUGGGAAUCCUACAUCUAUAUUACCUGAAAUGGUAAUUUAAACAGUAAUUUUUCUUGACAUUCCCAUGUAAUUUAUUUCUUAACACUGCCAUAGUUUAAUAAGUUUCACCCCUGUGUAUUCGGUCUGAUUAUUUUGGUUAAUGUUUCACAUAAUGUCAAAAUUGAACUUUCUUUUCAAGGUACUUUCUUUUAUAUGUCUUUAAUUGUCAUCUCAGUUUUGAUGGGUCAAUAUUUUGGCAGAAAAUAUUGUCACCAGAAAAUCAAGGCCAAAUAAAGGCACAAAAUGAAAAAAAAUGUAUUGGUGCUAUCUGAUCCAGUGUAUUCCUAGGCUAUUUAUAUUAAGUACUUAGGGCUCAUUCACUGCCUCACCACCCUGAAAUAAAUCCACCUUAAAAAUAUCCAUACAAUCAUUUCUAAUUGGUUAUAAAAUCUUUUGAUUUUAUAUAAUAAGUUCAUUUUAGGAGCAAUCAAGAGCCCCUACAACUGGUAACAAGAGUAUAUUUUAUAAAUAUAUACUCAAACAAUAGGCCUAUGUUUUCUCUCUCUUUUGAACAGUAAAUGUAAUUUUUAUGCAGAGACUGCAUGGAGAUGUGUGGACAAAUUGAAGCUUGAUGUAAAAACAGGCCUUGUCACACUGGAUAUGGUAAUUCUGGCGCACAGGUGAUAGUAAUUGAUUGCUUGCAUAUGGCAAGAAUCAUAAUCAAUCUUUCUCUGUCUCUUUUUUUCUAUCCUCACUUCCAUGAUCCUUUGUUUCUUUUCUCCAGUGUAUCAGGGUUAGGACCAAGACAAGCUGCUGAUGGGAAGCUCCACAUGGGCUGCAAGCCCAUUUAGUCUGCCUUCUCUCAUUUCUGCCUAUUGUCAAAUUGAAUGUACUUCUCUGAGUUCAUAGUUGUUUUUUUUUCUUUUUUACUUCUUUUUGUUUUUAAAAUGUGCCACUGUUGAGCUGCCUCAUGUUAAUGGUGCUAAGAAAGCUGACAAUUGUUUUCUUUUUUUUGGUUUUUUGUUAUCCCAGAGUUAACAAAAAAAAUAAAUGCAAAAUAGAUUAGGUACCUAACCCUCUUUAUGAAUGUAUAUUAUAAUGUUAUGUUUGAUGUAUUCACUUCAUGAUUCUUUGACAUUGAUUGGAAUUACUUUUGCUCUUUUCAUUAAAAGAUUACCGAGCUUUAUAUAUACUGUCUAGAGUUGUUACCAGAAGGAAUCUUAAUGAACUCUUGACACUACAAAAUCUUGUAUAUUUUUUGUGUGCCAAUUUGUAACAUAUUUUGUAAGUGUAUAUUUUUCUUAGAAAGUGCUGUGAAGUAUUUGUGUGUGUGAGUAACCUUUUAUGCGCCUCUAUGGGCAGUGGAAAGGAUAUACAAUGACAAGUUUCUGGUUUUAAAAACCAAAAUAUGAAAGUAUCAACAGAAAACUAAAAAUAUUUACAUUUUGUUGGGAGUUUUGUAAUAAGACCAUGAUCUUGUUGUGGGAGUGUUGUGUUACUGUGCAAAACACAAAUAAGCAAAGAAAAAAAUGAAAACUUGGAAAAAAAAUAUAAUUUGUGAACAAUUUGCUGUUUUAUAGAUUUUCAUGUAAAUUAUUUGAGUAUUAUUUAGUUUUUUGUUUUGUUGUAACUGUUGCAAAGGUUUUAAAUAUUUGUGAUCAAGCCUGUAUGGUGAUAAUGUAAUAUUGGUAACUUGCUGAGUUUUGUAAUAAUGUUUAUGGAGUAAAUAUACAAAUUAAAAUAAGAUUUUGAAUGCUG